GGGUUCCCUUUGGAAUUUCCGCUGGGAACUGACCGCGGGCUCUUAAUAUUUCAUCCCGGGAAAAGACCAAAAGUACACGUGAAGGUUAGGCGGAAAAUUUUGCCACAAAAAUGGGGAUCUUAGAAAAGAUUGCGGAAAUCGAGAACGAGAUGGCUCGCACCCAGAAAAACAAGGCGACGAGCAACCAUCUUGGGUUACUUAAAGCUCGCCUCGCCAAGCUACGGCGCGAGCUCAUCACCCCUAAGGGCGGGGGGGCCGCCACGGGGGAAGGUUUUGAUGUCGCUAAAACUGGUGAUGCCCGAAUCGGGUUUGUUGGUUUCCCAUCUGUCGGCAAGUCAACAUUAUUGACCAACCUAGCUGGUGUCUACUCUGAAGUUGCUGCCUAUGAGUUUACAACACUUACCACUGUCCCAGGUGUGAUUCGGUAUAAGGGGGCCAAGAUCCAACUCCUGGACUUACCAGGUAUCAUAGAAGGGGCUAAGGAUGGUAAAGGUCGAGGACGACAGGUCAUUGCAGUUGCUAGAACAUGUAGUUUGAUCUUUAUUGUUCUUGAUGUGCUGAAACCUCUUGGGCAAAAGAAGCUGAUUGAACAUGAACUUGAAGGAUUUGGCAUAAGGCUUAAUAAGACGCCACCAAACAUUGGGUUCAAGAAGAAAGAGAAAGGAGGCAUCAACUUGCAAACAACUUGCGCUCAAUCAGAGCUGGAUACUGAUGCAGUCAAAACCAUCCUGGCAGAGUAUAAAAUUGCAAAUGCUGAUGUCACCUUAAGAUAUGAUGCCACAGCUGACGACCUCAUUGAUGUAAUAGAAGGCAACAGAGUUUACAUUCCAUGUAUCUACCUUCUCAAUAAAAUCGACCAAAUAUCUAUAGAGGAACUGGACUUGAUUUACAAGGUCCCACAUGCUGUCCCCAUCUCUGCACAUCACAAGUGGAACUUUGAUGAUUUACUAGAAAAAAUGUGGGAAUACCUUAGACUUGUUAGAAUAUAUACUAAGCCAAAAGGUCAACUACCAGACUACGAGUCCCCUGUGGUGCUAAAGAAUGGGUUAAACAGUAUCGAGGACUUUUGUAACCAGCUGCACAAGAGCAUUAUGAAGGAGUUUAAGCAUGCUUUGGUUUGGGGUGCAUCUGUAAAGUACAGUCCACAAAAAGUUGGAAAAGACCAUGUGCUCCAGGAUGAAGAUGUGGUUCAAGUUGUAAAAAAGGUUUAAUCUAUUUACGUCUUGAGAACACCAGAAAUAAAGAUGAGAUGAAUUAAGAGUUACAGCAUCAAGUGCAGUGUUAGAGUUAACACAAGGAAAAUGGCUAGCAGGACCAAGCUCAAUAAACUUACAUGUAAACAUGUAGAGUAAGCACAAGGAAAAGGUACACAUGUACAG